AUGCCAAAGAAGGACAAGAACGAAACUAAAUUACAAUUAUCUCGACUCCAAUUAAAUGUCGAGGAAGCAGAGGCAAUAAUCGAAGAUAGAAAUAAUCUCCUAAAGUUAAACCUCUCGCCGUCAGCUAAUGACAAUGAAAAUUUGACGGCUUUACUAGGGAAAAUCACGUCGUUAUUUAAGUCAUUAGAAGAUAGUUUUCGAGUAGGUGGGGUGCGAAGUAAAGAUACUGCUUUUUUUGAUCAAUUCAACGAUCUUGUUCAACUUUAUCACAAACUUUAUACGGAUUUGCAGACAGAUCCUAGUAUUGACGUUUCUUCCUAUAAGUAUGAGAAACCUGCUCCCACUACUACCACUACCAAUACUACUACUACUAGUAGUACCGCUACAACUUCUCCAACACCAGCUGCGAAAACCACAACUGCAACUCCUUCAAAAAGUGUGAGAUUCAAAGACACUCCCGAGGUUGAAGAUACAGGAUCUGUUCCUCCUAUGCUAUCUGCACAAUCUACUUCGUCCUCAUUGGGAAUGACUCCCUACACGCCAUAUGCAGAUAAUCCAAUUGACGCAGAAGCAGAAGCAGAAUCAGACUCUAACUCAACCACUGAUCGGAGCAACCUCCAGAUGUUUGCAGAACACCAACAGACCAUGAUGCGGCAAGACCAAGACCUUGAAGUCUUGCACCAGCUGAUUAGCCACCAAAAUAGGAUGGGCCGUGAUAUUGAUCAAGAGUUGGAUGAACAUAUGAUCAUAUUGAACGACUUGGAGCUGGGUGUGGAUAAUUCUGAAUUACGACUACACAGAGCUACAAGGAGAUUAAAUAAUUUCCGGCGAAUGGCACGUGAGAAUGGCAGUUUGGUAACUAUAAUUACUCUAUCAGUGAUACUUAUACUCCUUUUGAUCGUACUCAACUAA